UCGCCAUCAUCAUUUUAGAUUCGAAUCCAAUCGGUUCGGAACCACAUCUUCAUCACAUACAAUUCAUUUGAUUCUCGCUUUUUGUGUGUAUAUGUGUUGAAAGUUUGCUGAAUAUUCCGGGUAUAUGCCUUAAAAAAAUGAUUUUGUUUUUUGCCAUGUUGUUAAGUUUCAUCAAUGUAUCAUCAGUGAAUAUAACUUAUAAUAUUCUAAAAGAAAAGAAAGACAUUUUCACCAUUUUCUGUUAUUCUAAAUUUUUGUAACAUCCAUCAUCAGAUAAAGUCGACUAGUUUUUAUUCAUCUGACAACAACAUUAUCACCGACAAACCCAUAAUGAUAUGGCAACGAAAUAACCAUACUAUGAAUAAAUGUUCAAUUUUCUUCCGAUUCUGGUCAAUUGAAUCAUCGAUCAUCCGUGUCAUCAAUUUUUGAUCAGAUGUCGAGUUUAAUUUAUUUUCCGUUUGACACCAUUUUCACUAUGAAGUUUUAACUGUUUUAUAGCAUAUACGAUUUUAUAUCAUGAUGAAUUCAAUAACAACACCUGCAUCAUCAUCAUCAUCUUUAUCAAUGAUGUCCCCAAUAACGAAUUAUUCAAAUCAAUUGUCUUUCAUUGUGAAUACAACGGCAGCCAUUGGUUCGCAUAUUAUGCCAUCAUCAUCAACGUUACCGACAUCCGAUUCGAAUAAUCAAAUUAAUGACAAUCAUUCAUCAUUAUCAUUAUUGCAACAACAUUAUUAUUCACAUUUACAAUCAUCAUCUUCAUCUACUCCAGAUGAUGAGCUCACAAAUAAUUCGAUCAUAUCGAAUUUAAAUUCCUUUUUUCAAUCCACAACUACUGUAUUGCCAUCACCAUCAUUAACUUCAAUUGCAAAUCAAUCACUCAAUCAUCAAAAUUCAUUUACAUUUCAUUGUGAAGAUGGUCUCAUACUACCAUGUUGGUAUUCUGAUGACUCCCUACAAACAAUGAUAUUACAUGGAGUUGUUUAUUUAUUUGCAUUGAUCUAUAUGUUUGUCGGUGUGGCCAUAAUUGCAGAUCGUUUUAUGUCCUCAAUUGAACAGAUUACCAGUCAAGAACGUGAUAUUAUUGUACGUCGUCCAGAUGGUCGCAAAGAAAUCGUAUCUGUUCGGAUAUGGAAUGAAACCGUUUCUAAUCUUACAUUAAUGGCCUUAGGAUCUUCUGCGCCAGAAAUUCUACUUUCUGCAAUUGAAAUUUAUGCACAAAAUUUUGAAGCGGGUGAAUUGGGACCCGGUACAAUUGUCGGAUCGGCUGCUUUCAACAUGUUUGUUAUUAUUGCAAUAUGUGUAUGGGCUGUACCUAGUACACAGAUUAAAAAAAUUAAAUACCUUCGUGUGUUCAUCAUAACAAUGCUUUUCUCUGUGUUUGCCUAUGUUUGGUUAUUGAUUAUAUUAAUAUGGUCAUCCCCGGGUGUUAUCGAAGUAUGGGAAGGAUUAAUGACUUUAUUCUUCUUCUAUCUUACUGUACAAUUAGCUUAUAUUGCCGAUAAACGUUUAUUAAUCUAUAAAUAUCUUGAUAAACAUUAUCGUUUUCGACGUAAUCGCUUAUAUGAAUCGCCGCAAUCGAAACCACCUAGCAAAAUGCAAACACUAAGUUCGACAUCAAACGAAGACGGUACGGGUGAGGAAAAAAUGGAAUUGAACAAUGUUAAUGGGCAAAUCAAAGACAAAGUUGAUCAACAACAGCCGCCUCAACAGCAACCUCAAUCCAUAAUAGAUCCAGUACCUGUCAAAGAUGGCUCAUAUUCCGCUCAACAAACACAAGACAAUCCGAUCGAAAUGCUCAACAAAAAUGUCAAGUAUAUUGAUGCCAGUGAAGAAGAUUUACAAUUGAUUGAAGAUCAUCGUGAGAACGUGAUCGAAAUUUUGAAAGAUGUAUAUUCACGUCAUCCGAAUGCAACAUUAGAAGAGCUUGAAGCGAUUGGCCGCGCCGAGAUUCAAAAACUUCAGCCCAAAAGUCGUGCAUAUUAUCGAAUGAUUGCCGCACGACGAAUGCUUGGCUCAAGUACAGAUUUACCUAAUGAUUCAUAUAGUUCGCGUGAUUCUCUAUCGAUUCAAACACCCCCUACACCAUCGGCAAAAAAUAGUAAACAACCGGAUGAAUUGGAAAUGAUUUCCUCCCAUGAUGUUCAGGAGAAAUUUAUGAUUCAUGUAAAAUUUGAUCCAAAAGAAUAUACGGUAAUGGAAGAUGUUGGACAAAUGUCAUUGACUGUUCGUCGUUCGGGCCCGGAUCUUGAUUCAUCUAUUAUUGUUCAUUAUCGUACAGAGGAUGGUACCGCUAAAGCGGGCACUGAUUAUGAACCAGCUUCUGGAUCAAUAAUUUUUGGACCUGGAGAAUCGUAUAAACAAAUAAUAUUGACUAUCAUCAAUGAUGAUGAAUUCGAAGAGGAUGAACAUUUUUAUGUACGACUAUUCGAUGCUAAAUAUGCAUCAGUAGCCAUGGAUUCGGAAGAAAAUCAAAAACCAAUCAUUAACAUUAUGGAUGACCGUGCCCGUAUCAAUAUACUGGAUGAUGAUCAUUCGGGUGUAUUUUCAUUUGUCAAUAAUGUCUUCCAAAUGCCCGAAACCAUUGGUGUUUAUCGUUUGGAUGUAAUCCGAUAUUGUGGUGCACGCGGUACGGUUGCCGUACCAUAUCGUACUAUUCCGGCAACAGCAAAACCAGGUGAAGAUUUUGAAAUGAGCGAAGGACAUUUAUUAUUUCACAAUAAUGAAACAAAAAAGCAUAUCAACCUUUCCAUAAUUAAUAAUGUAAAUUAUGAAAAAAAUUCCAUAUUUUAUGUUGAACUUUAUGAACCACAUCGCCGUGAUCAACAAAAUGUCCACAAUGAAUUGAAUGAACGUGGUGCUCCACGUUUAGGUGACCUAACAAAAUGUAUGAUUCGGAUACGUGAAUCUAAAGAGUUCAAACAAAUUGUAGACAGUUUGAUGCGACGAAAGAAAACAUUAGGCUAUGCUGAUCGUGCCGGUUCAUGGGAAAAUCAAAUCAUAACGGCCGUUAAGAUGCACAAAUUAAGUGCAUCUUCAUCAUUGAGUGAAGAUGUUGAAUGUUCAAAACGAGAAACAUUGGAUGGAUCAAAAGAUGAAGAAUCAGAUGAAGGUGAACGUACCUGUUGCGAUUAUUUCAUCCAUUAUGCCACCUUUUUCUGGAAAAUUGCCUUUGCUUUUGUACCACCAGCCACCAUUUGGAAUGGUUGGGCCUGUUUUCUUGUAUCCAUUACAAUGAUUGGCGUACUGACUGCAUUGAUCAAUGAUCUAGCAUCACAUUUUGGGGCUACUGUUCAUCUAAAAGAUUCAGUGACAGCUAUAUCAUUGGUAGCAUUAGGUACUUCCGUACCGGAUACAUUCGCAUCUAAAAUUGCUGCGGAAAAUGAAAAAAAUGCAGAUUCAUCUGUCGGAAAUGUAACCGGAAGUAAUGCUGUGAAUGUUUUUCUUGGUAUUGGUGUAGCAUGGACAAUGGCUGCCAUUUAUCAUGCUAUAAAAGGUACACAAGGAGGAUUUCAAGUAGAGCCGGGAAGUCUUGGAUUUUCAGUACUUUUAUAUUGCAUUUGUGCUUUUAUAUGUGCAGCUGUAUUAAUGAUACGACGUGCAUAUUUAGGCGGUGAACUUGGAGGACCGAUCAUACCGAAAAUCACGACGGUCAGUUUUUUCGUAUUCUUAUGGCUAUUCUAUCUGAUUAUGUCAACACUUGAAGCUUAUGGUUAUAUCCAAGGUUUCUAACUCACAAAAAACUACUCGACAUUUCACACAUCUUUUUCAAAUUCAAAUUAAUCAUCCAUUCCUUCCUUUUUUUUGUCCA